CAUUGAGCUGGACCGACAUUGCAGAAGACUACCGACUGACUGGUCUACAAAUAACCUUGCUUCAUAAAAAAACUACUCAUUAUUAUUUGUAGAUCAGUCAAUCGUUCACAAUUUACCCACAAUGCAUCAUGGACGUGAUGCUCUCAAACACGGCCAUGGACUUUAAAGGCUAAGACAUGGUUGAAAGUGCAAACAAUUUCUGUAAGUAUUUGUCUUGAGUACGCAGCUGUCACAAGCCGAAUGAAACAGCUAACGUGGAAUCGUAGCCUAGUGUGUAAGUGGGGGUUGAUGUUGUAGUAGUCUGUCUCAAGGACGUGGAAAUAACCAGACAAACUCCAGUAGCGAGCGAGAAGGGGACGCGGAUGAAUUGUUAGCUAACGUUACGGAUAGCUUAGAGUGGAUAUCAAGUAUGUCUUGACUACAAAAUACUUCUCAACAUAUCCACCGCAGUACACGAUUUUCAGGCCUUGUCCAAUGGAAGAUGGUGUAGCUAGUUCCAUAAUCUCUAAAACUCAUCUGACAGCUACGGCAAAAGGGGGAUAUUUUCUCGAUUGAAGGGAAUAUAUGGGAUCGCAAGUUUCAUCGGAUGAGAUGAGUGUGCGCGGGGGGCAGGGUAGUGACGAGGUGCUGGUGUCCCAGGCGGUGUGGGACUACCUGGCUGCCGCCGGCCAGCCCUGGCUCAUAGACUUUCAGGACAAGCAGGGCUUGAGCGCCGGCAUCAUCCGCCGAGGUGAGCGGGGAGGCUGCUGUGCAGUGCGGCUACGCCCCAUAGAGGGAUCCCGUUCUGGGGGAGGACCCGGGAUGAUGGAGGAAGGACCCAUCUCCAACGAGACCCGCAAGGCCUUCAUAGACUUAUGCCGCUGCGCCCGCAAAGAGAUGAGCAAACAGGAUGGGGGUCCUAAACGGAAGAGGUCCCUGCUGCCCUGCGUUGGGGUGGUGGUCCUGGAGGGAGAUGGAGAGGGGAGCCUGCUACCACCUCAGCCUCCCCAGCCCAGACGCUCUCAGAGGCAGCAACAGAGAUAUAAGAAGCCUGCGGAGGAAGAGGCCUGUGUGGUCCUCUCCAACUCCACGUCCCACAACGAAUCCGGACAGAGGAAGAAGGACAACAUGGAGGUCAGCUGCAGUAUGAUGGCCUCCUCUCAUAACCAAUCCCACAGUGAGGCAGACGACUACACCUCAUGUUCCAUCUGCAUGGGUGACAUGGUGGAGAGGACCACGCUGGAGAGGUGCGGCCACGCAUUCUGCCGGUUGUGUCUAGACCAGGCCUUCAAGGUGAAGAGAGCGUGUCCUGUGUGUCGUCAGGUGUACGGCCAGCUCAUAGGGAACCAGCCGGCUACCGGGUGUAUGAUGGUGGAGAGGGACCCAGAUCUGGAGUUGCCAGGACACGAGGGUUAUGGGUGUAUCUGCAUCAUCUACAGCUUCCCACCUGGUUUACAGGCGCCGGAGCACCCUAACCCGGGGGUGAGGUACCCUGGGACGGACCGCGUGGCUUACCUCCCAGACAGCCCAGAGGGGAACCGGGUCCUGGGCCUGCUCCGCCGGGCCUUCGAACAGCGCCUCAUCUUCACCAUAGGGACCUCCAUGACUACAGGAAUGCAUAAUGUCAUCACCUGGAACGACAUCCACCACAAGACCUCCUUAUGGGGCGGACCACACUGCUUUGGAUACCCAGACCCCACUUACCUGGUGAGAGUGACCGAGGAACUCCGAGAGAAAGGCAUCGCUGCAGACUGACCGUACAGAUUCUAGAAUGAUUAUUCUAGGAACAUUUUAGGAACCUCUGGCUGCCCUGCUGCUGCUGGUGGUUGCUAGGCUGCAGUCUCCUGGACCUAGACCCAGCAGAGCAGCGGAUGAAUACGAGAUGUGACUGGGCCCCACAGCAGCCACAGGAGUACGGCCCAGUGGAGGCCCACAUAUCCCUACAAGACCACUUGAUGGGGUGACUCCUACCUUCCACUUCAGUCGAAUUUUCACUAAUCAUGCAUUGAUGUCAAUUGGAGACCAUUUGACUUAAGUGGAAGUGAACAUUUAUCUAAAGUGGAAUUUAGGAUUCACCCCUAUGUUCCUAUCCUCGUUAUCUAUCUUCCGAGUUCGGCUCAACCCAGCAGCACUUUGUGUUGAAGAAAACAUACAAAUGAGUGCAGUGCAAUCUCUGUGUGAGCUGUUUUUGGCUCCACUCAUCCAAGUAUUUAUCAUAUAGGGAUUCAUAAUGUGAAGGUACAUACUACUUAAAUAUUAUUUUUAAACCUAAGUUCAAAGAAGAGUCCUAUUUUGCCUGUUAUAUUUAUGUUUAUUUCCACGCACAUUCUUUAUUUACCUGUUAAAAACACAUGAUUUGUGCUCUGUCCAGUACGCUCUUAGAAUAAUUAUAUUUUUCUUUAUGUAAUUAUGUUAAUAAUAACCUGUUAUUUACACUGUAUUAAGACAGUACUAGAGAUAGUUGGUGGCAGGCAGAGUAGUACUGUCUGUUUCAAUAGAAAGCUCCUAAUGAAAUAAUGAAAUUUCUCUGAAAGGAGUUGCACUCGAAGGCACUUUGUCAAGGAGGGAGGGAGUCCGUCAGUAGUUCAGUCACUGUUGGAGGGGGAGUUGUUCUCUGCAUGGAAUAAGAAUUAUCCUUUUGAAUUAGAAUGAUCAUUCUAAUUCUGUGGUUCUCUGCUUCCACUUCAGGGAACUGGUAGAUGGAAGAAUGCUCUGAGCAAAGCCAGGCAGGCGUUAGUCGUUAGCAGCCGUGAAGCUAAUAGCCUGGUAGCUAGAAGUUGAUGUCAAUUUUCUUGGAGCCCUUCAUUUCCCUUUUGAUCUUCCUCUCCUUUGAUUUCUUCUCCUUUUUACUUAAAUAGGAAGAAUGUUUUCUAUUUGAUGUCUCUCUCUGCUGCACCGUUCUGUUCUAGCGGAUGAACCAGGAAUGUCCAGAUAUACUGACUACUAAGUAUGAGAUUCAUUGUCAUUCCUGACCGUCCCUUGCUCUCUCUCUCUCCUCUCUCCCCUCGGUUGUUUCUCUACUCUAAGAUGUUAUCCCUCCCAGGACCAGGCCCUGUAUUCACAAAGUGUCUCAGAGUAGUAGGGCUGAUGUAGGAUCAGUGUGGCCUUUUCAAUCAUAAUGAAUGAAUAGGGAGCCUGAUCCUAGAUCAGCACUCCUACUCUGACAAGCUUAAUGAAUAGGAGACCAUGUUCUGAGUUCAGUUUGAUUUCCAGUCAGCCAGCCAAUCAGUCAGCACUCCUCAUUUUGUAAUAACCAGAUUUACUUGAUGAUGUCAAAUAAGGAGGGCGUGAUGUCGAACCACUUAAACCAAAUCAAAUGCACAAUAGGCUGUAUAUUUAAUACCUCUGACCCUGGCUGAAAUGGCACCCUAUUCCCUAUACAGAGUAAAAGUGCCCAUAGGCUUCUGGUCAAAUGUAGGGCACUAUAUAGGACUCUGGUCCAAAGUAGUGUAGGGAAUAGUGUGCCAUUUUUGGAUGCAAGCCCUAUCUGUCCAGGAGACGUUUGUUUGACGAUUGUCUCAUAAAUAAUGAGGUAUCUAUCUGCUGUAAUUCACAUCUGUCUUCUACAGGAAUAAUCUAGGAUUAACAACAUAGGUACCUGUAAUAUGAAAGUGUUGAGGAAAAUCCUGCAGUCCCUUACAGCGGUAUUGCCAGUGAGGUAUUUAGUUCCCUUGUUUUGAUACAUUUAUCAAACGGUUAGCGUGCCUAUAUUCUAGUCAAGUUUGAAGACAGUGGAUCAUGUGGAUAUUAAUUCAUGAUAAGCAUGUUCUUUUAGUAGACUGUCUUAAUUGUUAUUUGGAGGGUGAGACUCGGCAGCGUUAUCUGGCUUUCUACCGUUUUUGAGAAUAUAUAUAUAUAUAUAUAUAUAUAUAUAUAUAUAUAUAUAUAUAUAUAUAUAUAUACUGAUGUGUAUCUGCAUGAGUUUUUCUGUGAUAUGUCAGAUGAAAGCAGUCCAACGACGUAGCCUCACUCACAAAUGAUCAAGCUCUGUGUGUGAGUCAUUUUGCAUGAGAAAAGGAUGCCUAUAGAUGGUGCAGUGCUCUCCAACCCUGUUCCCGGAGAGAUACCCUCCUGUAUGUUUUCACUCCAACCAUGUUCCUGGAGAGAUACCCUCCUGUAUGUUUUCACUCCAACCAUGUUCCUGGAGAGAUACCCUCCUGUAUGUUUUCACUCCAACCAUGUUCCUGGAGAGAUACCCUCCUGCAGGUUUUCACUCCAACCAUGUUCCCGGAGAGAUACCCUCCUGCAGGUUUUCACUCCAACCAUGUUCCCGGAGAGAUACCCUCCUGCAGGUUUUCACUCCAACCAUGUUCCCGGAGAGAUACCCUCCUGUAGGUUUUCACUCCAACCAUGUUCCCGGAGAGAUACCCUCCUGUAGGUUUUCACUCCAACCAUGUUCCCGGAGAGAUACCCUCCUGUAGGUUUUCACUCCAACCAUGUUCCCGGAGAGAUACCCUCCUGUAGGUUUUCACUCCAACCAUGUUCCCGGAGAGAUACCCUCCUGUAGGUUUUCACUCCAACCAUGUUCCCGGAGAGAUACCCUCCUGUAGGUUUUCACUCCAACCAUGUUCCUGGAGAGAUACCCUCCUGUAGGUUUUCACUCCAACCCCAGUUGAAAGUAACCUGAUUCAGCUCAUCAACUAGCAUUUUUUUUCAAAUCCGGUGUGCUAGAUUAGGGUUGGAGUGAACGUACAGAACGGUAGCUAGAACGGUGACCUAAAGAACAGUAGCUCUCCAGAAACAGGGUUUGAGAGUCCUGGUCUUGUGACUCUAGUCUGUUACCUUCUCCUAUUCAUUUGUCUGCAGUCAGAUGAUGUAAAAGAAUAUAAACUCAGCAAAAAAGGAAAUGUCCUCACUGUGAACUGCGUUUAUUUUCAGUAAACUAAACAUGUAAAUAUUUGUAUGAACAUAAGAUUCAACCACUGAGACAUAAACUGAACAAGUUCCACAGACAUGUGACUAACAGAAGUUGAAUAACAUGUCCCAGAACACAGGGACACGUUUGUAUCUGGUGUGGCUACCAGCUGCAUUAAGUACUGCAGUCCAUCUCCUCAUGACCUGCACCAGAUUUGCCAGUUGUUGUUGUGAGAUGUUACCCCACUCUUCCACCAAGGCACCUGCAAGUUCCCAGACAUUUCUGGGGGGGAAUGGCCCUAGCCCUCACCCUCUCAUCCAACAGGUCCCAGACGUGCUCAAUGGGAUUGAGAUCCGGGCUCUUCCCUGGCCAUGGCAGAACACUGACAUUCCUGUCUUGCAAGAAAUCACGCACAGGACGAGCAGUAUGGCUGGUGGCAUUGUCAUGCUGGAUGCUCAUGUUAGGAUGAGCCUGCAGGAAGGGUACCACAUGAGGGAGGAGGAUGUCUUCCCUGUAACGCACAGCAUUGAGAUUGCCUGCAAUGACAACAAGCUCAGUCCGAUGAUGCUGUGACACACCACCCCAGACCAUGACGGACCCUCCACCUCCAAAUCAAUCCCGCUCCAGAGUACAGGCCUCGGUGUAACGCUCAUUCCUUCGACGAUGAACGCGAAUCCAACCAUCACCCCUGGUGAGACAAAACCGCGACUCGUCAAUGAAGAGCACUUUUUGCCAGUCCUGUCUAGUCCAGCGACGGUGGGUUUGUGCCCAUAGGCGACGUUGUUGCUGGUGAUGUCUGGUGAGGACCUGCCUUACAACAGGCCUACAAACCCUCAGUCCAGUCUCUCUCAGCCUAUUGCGGGCAGUCUGAGCACUGAUGGAGGGAUGGUGCGUUUCUGGUGUAACUCGGGCAGUUGUUGUUGCCAUCCUGUACCUGUCCCGCAGGUGUGAUGUUCGGAUGUAUCGAUCCUGUUCAGGUGUUACAUGUGGUCUGCCACUGCGAGGACAAUCAGCUGUUUAUUUCCCUGGCCACAUCUGCAGUUCUCAAGCCUCCUUGCAGCAUGCCUAAGGCACGUUCACGCACAUGAGCAGGGACCCUGGGCAUCUUUCUUUUGGUGUUUUUCAUAGUCUGUAGAAAGGCCUCUUUUUAGUGUCCUAAGUUUUCAUAACUGUGAUCUUAAUUGUCUGUAAGCUUAGUGUCUUAACUACCGUUCCACGGGUGCAUGUUAAGCGUGGGAAACAGUGUUUAAACCCUUUACAAUGAAGAUCUGACAUUAUUUGUAUUAUCGUUGAAAGACAGGGUCCUGAAAAAGGGGCAUUUCUUUUUUUGCUGAGUUUACUAGGCCCAUACAUUCAUUAAAUAUCCCUUUCCUUUGCUAUAUACAGUUGAAGUUGGAAGUUUACAUAAACCUAGGUUGGAGUCCAUUAACUUCUUGACGCACCCAUCCCGUUAGCGGGAUAAUUUUCAUUACACCCGCUGAAUUGCAGUGCGCCAAAUUAAAUUACUAAAAAUAUUUAAUUUUCAUGAAAUCACAAGUGCAAUAUAGUAAAACACAGUUUAGCAUGUUGUUAAUCCACCUGGCGUGUCAGAUCUCAAUACAGCUUUUCGGCGAAAGCAUAACAAGCGUUUAUGUAAGAACACCUCUCUCAGUAGACAAAAUAUUACAAACACUAGCAGCCAAGUAGAUUGGUCACGAAAUUCAGAAAAGCAAUAGAUUACAUCGCUUACCGUUGAUGAUCUUCAGAUGUUUGCAUUCACGAGACUCCCAGUUACACAAUAAAUGUUCCUUUUGUUCCAUAAAGAGAAUUUUAUAUCCCAAAUACCUCCAUUUGAUUGGUGCGUUAUGUUCAGAAAUCCACAGGCUCGAGCGGUCACGACAUCGCAGACGAAAAUUCCAAAUAGUAUCCGUAAUGUCCACAGAAACAUGUCAAAUGUUUUUUAUAAUCAAUCCUCGGGUUGUUUUUAAAAUAUAUAAUCGAUAAUGUAUCAACCGGGUCUGUCGCUUUUUCAAUAGGAGAGGGAGCGACAAUGGCUGCCCCACUCUGUUGCACAAGCGAACACCCAGCUAUCCACUGACGCGAUGUGAUCUUUCUCAUUCAUUUUUCUAAAUAAAAGCCUGAAACUAUGUCUAAAGACUGUUGACACCUCGAGGAAGCCAUAGGAAAAGGAAUCUGGUUAAUAUCCCUUUAAAUGGAGGCAAGGCAUCCAAUGGAACAGAGAGCUUUCAGGAAAAACAGCACUUCCUGGUUUGAUUUUCCUCAGGUUUUCACCUGCAAUAUCAGUUCUGUUAUACUCAAAGACAAUAUUUUGACAGUUUUGGAAACGUUAGUGUUUUCUAUCCUAACCUGACAAUUAUAUGCAUAUUCUAGUUUCUGGGCCUGAUAAAUAGGCAGUUUCAAAUGGGUAUGUUUUUUAGCCAAAAAUGAAAAUCCUGCCCCCUACACUAAAACUAUUUUUUUUCAACCACUCCACAAAUGUGUUAACGAACUAUAGUUUUGGCAAGUCGGUUAGGACAUCUACUUUGCAUGACAAGUCAUUUUUCCAAAAAUUGUUUACAGAUAGAUUAUUUCACUUAUAAUUCACUGUAUCACAAUUCCAGUGGGUCAGAAGUUUACACUAAGUUGACUGUGCCUUUAAACAGCUUGGAAAAUUCCAGAAAAUAAUGUCAUGGCUUUAGAAGCUUCUGAUGGGCUAAUUGACAUCAUUUGAGUCAAUUGGCGGUGUACCUGUGGAUGUAUUUCAAGGCCUACCUUCAAACUCAGUGCCUCUUUGCUUGACAUCAUGGAAAAAUCAAAAGAAAUCAGCCAAGACCUAAGAAAAAAAUGGUUCAUCCUUGGGAGCAAUUUCCAAAUGCCUGAAGGUACCACGUUCAUCUGUACAAACAAUAGUAUGCAAGUAUGAACACCAUGGGACUACGCAGCCAUCAUACUGCUCAGGAAGUAGACGCGUUCUGUCUCCUGGAGAUGAACGUACCUUGGUGCGAAAAGUGCAAAUCAAUCCCAGAACAACAGCAAAGGACCUUGUGAAGAUGCUGGAAGAAACCGGCACAAAAGUAUCUAUAUCCACAGUAAAAAAAGUCCUAUAACGACACAACCUGAAAAGCUGCUCAGCAAGGAAGAAGCCACUGCUCCAAAACCGCCAUAAAAAAGCCAGACUACGAUUUGCAACUACACAUGUGGACAAAGAUCCUACUUUUUGGAUAAAUGUAUUCUCGUCUGAUGAAACAAAAAUGGAACUUUUUGGCCAUAAUGACCAUCGUUAUGUUUGGAGGAAAGAGGGGGAUGCUUGGAAGGCGAAGAACACCAUGCCAACCAUGAAGCAUGGGGGUGGCAGCAUCAUGUUGUGGGGGUGUUUUGCUGCAGGAGAGACUGGUGCACUUCACAAAAUAGAUGGCAUCAUGAGGCAGGAGAAUUAUGUGGAUAUAUUGAAGCAAGAUCAAGGCAUCAGUCAGGAACUUAAAGCUUGGUCGCAAAUGGGCUUCCAAAUGGACAAUGACCCCAAGCAUACUUCCAACGUUGUGGCAAAAUGGCUUAAGGACAACAAUGUCAAGGUAUUGGAGUGGCCAUCACAUCGCCCUGACCUCGAUCCCAUAGAACAUUUGUGGGUAUAACUGAAAAAGCAUGUGCGAACAAGGAGGCCUACAAACCUGAUUCAGUUACACCAGCCCUGUCAGGAGGAAUGUGCCAAAAUUCACCCAACCUAUUGUGGGAAGCUUGUGGAAGGCUACCCAAAACGUUUGACCCAAGCUAAACAAUUUCAAGGCAAUGCUACCAAAUACUAAUUGAGUGUAUGUAAACUUCUGACCCAAUGGGAAUGUGAUGAAAGAAAUAAAAGCUGAAAGAAAUAAAAGCUGAAAGAAAUCAUUCUCUCUACUAUUAUUCUGAAAUUUCACAUUCUUAAAAUGAAGUGGUGAUCCUAACUGACCUAAGACGGGGAACUUUUACUAGGAUUAAAUGUCAGGAAUUGUGAAAAAACUGAGUUGAAAUGUAUUUGCCUAAGGUGUAUGUAAACUUCUGACUUCAACUGUAUCAAAUGGCAUCCUAUUUCCUAUAGAUUGUACUACAGGGCUCUGGUCAACUAGAGGGGUGGUCAAAUAUAGUGGACUAUAUAGAGAAUAGUGUGCUCAAAAGUCCACUAUGUAAGAAAUAGUGUUCAAUUUGGGACGUAUAUACCAUUUUUCGUUUAGGGACCAACUGAAAUAUCUUUGGGAGACAUAGUAGUUUAAAUCAAGCUACAGUAUUUCUAUGCAGUGAUCUGGGUGUUGGGGUACAGGGGAAUGAAUAAAUACUGAAAAGAGUUGCACAUUGCAAAUUGAUUGUUAAAAUGAAAGUUCAAGUUUUGCUUUUCUAAUUGUGUUGAUUUGUAUUUUAUGAGUGUUGAUAUUCAAAAAUAAUGUGCUUUACAUUUUAAUACUUGAAUAAAACAAUGUUUAGUUCUG